AUGUUGGUCGAGAACCGAGUUAGAGAGCUUUCUGAAAAACAUCGAAGAGAGAGGGUGAAGUUGUUCGAACAGCUAGAGGAUGCUAACCAACUAUAUGCUUGUUUGGAGUUGGAUAUCAAGAAACUGGCUAGCAAAUACCAGCAACUUCUUGGAGCUAAUCGUGCUACUGCUGCAGAGAUGAGAGCGGAGCCCAUAGAUUUACCUCAAAGUGCUGACCAAUUGCAAUUUCUUUGUCUACAAAUGAGAGAAGAACUGAUAGAGUUGAAAUCUGCUCGACAACAUGAGCGCGACGAACUGCGUGAUGAGAUUGCACUACUAAAAGAACAAAUCGAAGAAGAACGAAAUGCUAAGGUGGUGAUGGAGCGAGACCUCCUAGCUCAAGUCAAUCACCUGCAGACACAGUUGGGGAUCGCAGCAAGCAAACUUUCUUCUGCUGAUGCGAUGGCGUUGUCCAAUGAAUCUCAUUCAAGGCAAAUAAGAGAUCUCCAAAAUACGGUUGCUGAACUUGAAGCACAAGUGAAACAGGUUCAAAAUGAACGAGCGGCUGUAGAAAAAACUGCUCAAAACUAUAAAUCACGGUGUUCAUCUCUACAGACUGAAUUGGAUACAUCAGAGGCCGUUCAGAAAGAUUUCGUUCAAUUGUCACAAAGUUUGCAAAUACAGCUUGAAAAAAUUAGACAGUCAGAACAGGUGCGGUGA